AUGGCAGACGUACAACCUCAUCCCGUCGAGCGCAAGGAGCGCAAUGCCUACCUCUCUUCCCCUCGAGUCAAAGAAACCACCUUUCGCGAAUGGGUCGUGGCCAACCAGAUCGGAAUCUCCAUGACCACCCUGGCUAUGUUGCUGGCUCUGCAUAACCUCUACCCCUCUCUCCGUCCCUAUACCGCGCCCUUCUUCCAGCUGUCCUACUACAACGAAUCGACGGGUUCCUACGUGCAAGGCUGGGACGAUGUUUACUUCGUCUUCAGUGCCACUGUCGCUCUCACCGGAAUCCGUGCUAUUGCGAUUGAAUGGGUGAUGCAGCCCAUUGCGAAGGCCGCGGGUUUGAAGCGCAAGAAUGCCACUCGCAUCGCCGAGCAGGGUUGGAUGGCAAUGUACUAUGGUUUUAUCUGGGUGGUUGGAUUGGUGAGUUUGGCCCGUGGAUUUGGUACUAUGGUGGCACGUAGAUCAUGGCUGACGGGUUGUUUUGACAGUACCUGUGGAAGACUUCCUACUACUGGGGGGGAUUUUGCCGCGAUGUGGUCUCAGUGGCCUGCGCGUCCGCUAUCCGGUUUGAUGAAGUGGUAUCUUCUGGUUGAGCUGGCAUUUUUGAUGCAGCAGAUCUUUGUGAUCCACGUCGAGGAGCGGAGGAAGGACCACGUUCAGAUGCUGUCGCACCAUGUUAUCACCAGCGCGCUACUCGGCUCGGCUUACAUCUACGCCAUGUACAAUGUGUCCAACGUGGUGCUGUGUCUGAUGGACAUUGUGGACGUUCUGUUGCCGACUGCCAAAAUCCUCAAGUACCUCAAAUACGAGACUGCCUGCAACAUCGGCUUCGGUCUGUUCAUGAGUACCUGGUUCCUCACCCGCCAUAUCAUCUACCCGGUCGUCUGCUGGUCCGUCUACCACCAGCUCCCCCUCAACCUCACCUACGGCUGCUACACGGGCUCUACAAGCGAGUUCAUCUCGACCGACCCGCCAAACUCCUUCGCGUACAUGCUCGGCCCAUACUUCAGUCUGGACAAUCCCAUCUGUUUCAACCCAACCCUCAAGUGGAUGUUCCUCGGUCUCCUCCUGGUCAUCGAGGGCUUGUCCGUUCUGUGGUUCAGCAUGAUCGUCCGCGUCGCGUACGGCGUGGUCUGCGGCGGCAAUGCCGAAGAUUCCCGCAGUGACGAAGAAGACGAGGCCGAGGUCGAGAGUCACACGGCUCACGUCCCAGUGCACCUGGCCGCCAAAGACGGUGUGACCGUGGAGACCGUCGAAGGUGAAAAUGCCCCUGGCCUUGACCGCCGGCGGUCCAACGGCACGGCUUCGGUUCGUGCUCGGGGUCGUGGGCGUGUUCCUUUCGAUCAGAGUGAUCGCAAGGCCCUUCUCGGCCGCAUUGGAUGCGAAAAGCCCACGUAA